UUGUCUCUCCUCUCCGGGGGAGAGAGUCGCUCUGCUGCGAUUUACUGCCUCAAUUUCCUCCAUCUUGCUAAUUUUAUUACCUUCAGCUACUGGUGUUUGGGUCUUAAGUAGAGAAGGAUAGGGUGUUGAUGGCGUCACGAUGAGAAUGUAAAAAAAAAAUAUAAAGUGAGCGUGGUGUGGUGGGUGAAGGGCGCAUGCAUUUCGCUCGCUCGCAGGCCUGCCCGCCGGCUAGUUACUAAACAGACCCCCGCGGGACCGGCUGCCGCCGCUGCUGCUGCUGGACACACGAUCUCAUCUUUAAAACCAACAACUUCAAGCAGGAAUCGCGAGGAGGAGUGCUGAAUUAUUUCCGGAUGUUGGCAGCUGGAAAGAGGAAUGCGCGAUUAUUCUUACUUUUCAUCGCUGUGCCAGCCAUGUCUGCUGUUUCUCUACAAAGGGACCUGACCUUUGAGGAGAAAUCUGGCAGCUCGACGAGCGUGCCGAGUUCGUGCCCCGAUUCGAGCCUGUUGCGUCUGACGCCGAUCCAGUGGUACCUGGCGUACACGUGCACCUUCAUCUCGGGCAGCUGCCUGGCGUUGUUCGUGGCGGAGCGGGCGUGCCGCAGCGGGCGGCUCGCGUGGCUCUACCCUGGGCGCACGGUGCACGCGCUGGCGUGGACCCUGCUGCUGGCGCACCUCACCUUCCUGCUGGGCGUGGGCCGCGACGAGGUGCACGCCGUGUGCACCAUGGUCGCCGCCACCCUCCACUACCUGCUGCUCUCCUCCUUCUUCUGGCUCAACGUCAUGUGCGUCGACAUUUUUCGCUGCUUUUUCUUCGUUACGUAUCGUCCGGUGGCCGGGCGGCUUUUCCUUCAUAGUGCCAUUUACGCCUGGGGCGUCCCUGCCCUCGUCACCGCCCUCGCCAUAGCGCUCGACAGCAUCAACGAGUUCGCUCCCGACGCCAGCAUCACUGCUGUUGCAGUGAAACCUUGCUACGCUCGUGGUGAAGUGUGCUUCAUUGGCUCUGGGGCCGGCUUUGGCGUCCUGUUCGCCGUGCCUGCGUGCCUUUUGCUUCUGGUAGACGGCCUGGCGUUCGCGGCCAUCAUCUUCUGGAUGCGGGACAACCGAGUGGAGGCGGCCCAGCGAAGGGAGGAGGCCGCGUUGCAACAGGAGGCGGCCGCCAACGGCACCGAGCCGCCCGUCUCCAAGGCCUCCCUCAACCCUGCGUCGCUCAGACGCCGCCGCAGCAGCGCCAUCAGCAACAAGGAGCAACACAGGUUUAAGGUUUACGUGCGUCUUUCGCUGGUGCUGACGGUUCCGUGGUGCUGUGGAAUCGCGGCCGCCAUCGGCAACUUCCCGUUCCUGUGGUACGCCGCGUCGCUGCUGAUCGGCCUGCAGGGUACGUUCAUCUUUGUGGCGUUUGGAGCGAAGCGCCGUCUGACCCAAUUGGCCUGGAAGAAGGCGACCGGGAAGCCCUUGCGCAGACGGACGACCAGGGCCGACCACAGACAGGCCGCCCUCAAGUCCGCGUCCGCCUCGGUCACGGAGCCGAAUUUUGUGGAGCAAAGCGUCGGUGCUACUCACAAUCAGCGCCAAGCCGAUGCGGAAAGCAUUUAAGUCUGACGUUGGAUUUCUCUGCCAUGUGUAAUGCAACUUAUUGUACUUAAUUUCAUAUGAUAUAUAAUAAAGGAGAUGCUGAACUUUCUGAUUGGAACUUCUCA